AUGGCGGCCACCCAGAAGCUCUACCCUCGGGGAACCGUGAAGCGUAUUGUCAAAGCCCAUUCCAAUCGAAGUGUCAGCAAAAAUACCGACAUCCUGGUCUUUCUGGAUUACAUGCUGUUCAUGCAAGAGUUGAUGCGGGAAUCGUCGAUUCGGUCGCGUAAAGCAGGGGAAAAGCAUAUCUCCCCCAAUUCGGUUCGGAAGGUGACAGAGAAAACCCUACGAAAAUUCAAAGGAUGA